AUGCAGACGCGAGCAGUCCCGCGGGAGAACGGGUCGCCUUCCAGGACGGCGUCGGUGCAGCUCAUGCGGCUGAAGAACGCCAAGAUCGGCUCCGAGGUGUCCGCGGACGGCUCUCCCAGCGAGCCGACGGCGCAGGGCGCGGUGGAAACAGCCAAAUGGCUGCACAUCAUGACGGCGACCGCUGCACGCAUGGCGGCGCUGAGCGCGCGGGCCGCCCACGCCGAUAGUUUCCAGCCUCUCACGUUUGAUUCGUCACGGCCCAGUGCGACAGCAUCAGACAAGGAGCGCGACAGACUUCAGAGCAAGCUGAGGGAUGUCGGCCAAAGAUUCGUGGGUUUCGAGCAGGUCGUUAAGGGCGAUACUCUGAAGCGGCGGGAUGCCGAGAGAGGGAAGACAAAGGCGGCGCAAGAGGGAGUCAUGAAACUGGAGAGGGCCCUGAAUUCGGAGAUCAAGCGGCGUGUUGAGGCCAACAAGCAGGUGCAGGGUUUGACCGAGACGCUGGCCAAUGACAUGCUGGAGCGGCUGCAGGCAGGUAUCAUCGUGCGCAUCGAGAAGCUCGCCUCAUCGAUCGAGUCGCUCACGCUGCGCUGCACCACCCUGGAGAGGGGCAUAUCGCAGUUCCGUGGCGAGUUGCCCUCGAAGCUGCAGGUGGACACGGCGGCCCUCGUGAAGGAGAUCACCGAGCUCCGGGGGCACACGGAGGCGGACAGGAAGGCCCGGGUAGAGCGCGACACCGCCCUGCUGAGACGACUCGCCGAGAUGGAGACCCACGAGAGCGCGCAGUUCGACCAGGGGAUGGACGCAUACCGUGCCGCAGCCGACCAGCUUAAGACCGAGAUUGACAAUCUUGCGCGCACGGAGGAGGUGAGCGACAGUCGCACCGAGAAGUUUCGCACCUUCAUUCUUGAGGAGAUCGCCGGCAUGAAGAACACUCUCGCGGUUGCCGCGCAGGCAAGAGAGCAGACCGACGACGAGAUUGUGCAGGCAAUGAACCAGUACACCAAUGCGCUCCAGAAGGGACUGCAUUCCGCGAAUCGAGGUGCCGGUUUCUGA